CAUCCUUCUCUUUCCAUGCAUCUGCCCCAAGACAGAGUCACUGUGUUUCUCCUCUGGCCGGAGCCUCAGCAGAAAGCUCCCUUGGUUCCUCCGCCGCCGCCUCCACCACCACCCCCGCCUCUGCCAGACCCUGCACCCCCCGAGCCGGAGGAGGAGAUCCUGGGCUCCGACGAUGAGGAGCAGGAGGACCCCGCCGACUACUGCAAAGGUGGCUACCAUCCGGUGAAGAUUGGAGACCUCUUCAACGGCCGGUACCAUGUGAUCAGGAAGCUGGGAUGGGGCCACUUCUCCACGGUCUGGCUGUGCUGGGAUAUGCAGGGGAAAAGAUUUGUUGCAAUGAAAGUUGUAAAAAGUGCCCAGCAUUAUACAGAGACAGCAUUGGAUGAAAUAAAAUUGCUCAAAUGUGUUCGAGAAAGUGAUCCCAGUGACCCAAAUAAAGACAUGGUAGUUCAGCUGAUCGAUGACUUCAAGAUUUCAGGCAUGAACGGAAUACAUGUCUGCAUGGUCUUCGAAGUGCUGGGCCACCAUCUCCUCAAGUGGAUCAUCAAGUCCAACUACCAAGGCCUCCCCGUGCGCUGCGUGAAGAGCAUCAUUCGACAGGUCCUUCAGGGCUUAGAUUACCUGCACAGUAAGUGCAAGAUCAUUCACACUGACAUAAAGCCGGAGAACAUCUUGAUGUGCGUGGAUGGCGCAUAUGUGAGAAGAAUGGCAGCUGAGGCCACCGAGUGGCAGAAGGCGGGCGCUCCCCCUCCCUCGGGGUCUGCAGUGAGUACGGCUCCACAGCAAAAACCUAUAGGAAAAAUAUCUAAAAACAAAAAGAAAAAACUGAAAAAGAAGCAGAAAAGGCAGGCCGAGUUACUGGAAAAGCGUCUGCAGGAAAUAGAGGAAUUGGAGCGAGAAGCCGAAAGGAAAAUAAUAGAAGAAAACGUCACAUCAGCUGUACCUUCCAAUGAGCAAGACGAUGAAGACCGCCCAGAGAUGAAACUGAAAACAGCAGAGCUGGAGGAGGCUGCCGAGGCAGAGGCUACGAACGACAAUGGUGAAGCUGAGGACCAGGAAGAGAAAGAAGAUGCUGAGAAAGAAAACAUCGAGAAAGAUGAAGAUGAUGUUGAACAGGAACUUGCGAACAUAGACCCUACGUGGAUAGAAUCACCCAAAACCAAUGGCCAUAUUGAGAAUGGCCCGUUCCUACUGGAACAGCAGUUGGAUGAUGAAGACGAUGAUGAAGAAGAUUGCCCGAAUCCCGAGGAGUAUAACCUUGAUGAGCCAAACGCAGAAAGUGAUUAUACAUAUAGCAGCUCCUAUGAACAAUUCAAUGGUGAAUUGCCAAAUGGACGACAUAAAAUUCCCGAGUCACAGUUUCCGGAGUUUUCCGCAUCGUUGUUCUCUGGGUCCUUAGAACCUGUGGCUUGUGGCUCUGCACUUUCCGAGGGAUCCCCACUGACCGAGCACGAGGAGAGCAGUCCAUCCCGUGACAGAAGCAGGACGGUCUCUGCCUCCAGCACUGGCGAUUUGCCAAAAGCCAAGACCCGGGCUGCCGACCUGCUGGUGAAUCCCCUGGAUCCGCGGAACGCAGAUAAGAUCAGAGUGAAGAUUGCCGACCUGGGGAAUGCUUGCUGGGUGCAUAAGCACUUCACGGAAGACAUCCAGACUCGUCAGUACCGGUCCAUCGAGGUUCUGAUCGGAGCCGGUUACAGCACCCCCGCCGACAUCUGGAGCACGGCCUGUAUGGCAUUUGAGCUGGCCACCGGUGAUUAUUUGUUUGAGCCACAUUCUGGAGAAGACUAUUCCAGGGACGAAGACCACAUAGCCCACAUCAUAGAGCUGCUAGGCAGUAUCCCAAGGCACUUUGCUCUGUCUGGAAAAUAUUCGCGGGAAUUCUUCAAUCGCAGAGCAUAAUCUUCUCCCAAAAGGAGAAAUUGUACAUUCACGUGUGGGCAGUGGAGAAAGAUCUGGACUUUUACAACUGGGGAAUUCUGCUGAAGAAAGCUCUCAAGAAGUAAACUUGAACCGUCUGAUAUCUGUGGAAUAAGAAUUUUGUAAGAGAACAGCCUUCCUAAAAUCCUUUCCUGCUCCAAGCGCCAAUCUGGAUAUUCAAGGAUUUAUAAAAAGGAGUUUGAGUGAGUUUUAGAAACCAGCUAGACUUAUGUAUUUUCCUUUUAUUCACGGAGCUGCAGUGUCUCUGCAGCAGAGCGCCGGCGGCCUGCAGCUCGGACUCCAUGCACGUCUGUCCACGUCCCCCGCGAUCUGUCUGAGACUGGAUGUAGUGGGUGUGGGCCUGUGACGUCUGCGUGCCUCAUGCGCUUGUCAAUCACGUGGUCUCCCACUGCGUUAGCGCACAGGGUAUUGUGGGUGAUGUGUUUAGUACCGCAGCUCUUGUUGACCUUCCCUGGGCAUGACCCUCAGCAACUGUGUCUUUGCCCUGUGUACUCAUAGCCAGUGAUCACUUCUUAAAAGCGCUCCAGAGCGCCAGGGCGUUUGCUUUUAAAGACCCCUCCCCAGUGCCGUAUUCUUUUGUGUGAGUAUAGUUGGCCCUCUUAAUUCAUGUUUUCCCAGCUUAGAUUAUUUUGGGGUUGCAGCACUCUUUAAUAAAGAGCUUUUAAAGUUGGUGUGAGCAGGACAUGGUGUUUCUAGAAAUUUCUCAGAGUCCCGGAUACUCUCUGUCCCUUGCUUUAGCCAAAUUUGGAGAACCAAUUUUAGUUUCUAUUUUCCUAUGAGAUCAGGAAUUCCUUAGAGUGAUGAUCCUUUGCUAUACACUUCAGUGAUGUUAAGCUGGCCAGUUCUUGUUUUAUCUUUAAAUCGCGUUUCCCUGGUCGGUGCCUGCAAGUCGAGGAGGAGCCGUGCCGACAUGGUGGUUUCCCGCUCCGCUCACUCUGAGCACACGGCCAUGACUCGGCUGUUCUGGGACCGCCCAGGGCCAGCCUGUGACAUGUGUCACUAGACGUGGUUGUGUUCUUACUACCUUUUGAAGGCUUUUCAUAGGAAAAAAAAAAAUGUCAGGGAAAACUGUUCUUCAGACACCUUGGGUUAAUUUUGGUUCUGAGAAUCUGGUCUUCAAGUCUGGGUCCCCUGAACGAGGUACAGAGUUCUCUCUCCACACACACACUCUCGCACAGGCUCACAUACAUUAAGGGCGGUGACGUGGCUUUGCCACUGAGCUGUGUUCAGUGACAGAGCUGGGGUUUGAGCGUGUGUAGGACUGAGCGCUUCGUGUCCUCUCUGAACCUUUGUUUCCUCGUCUGUCCACGGGGACGCUUCAGGGUGCCUCAUUGUCAUGAGAAGGUAUGAGAGAGUGCUGGGUGGCACAUAGCGCAGUAGGAGCUAGGUGUUAUUGCCGGGGCAGAGUGACAAACAGGAAAACACCAUAAACGUUAUGAACCACCAGACAGUGGUAUCACUGAGAGAGGGGACUGAGUUUCCCUCGGAGACUUCCAGAAAAUGUUAUUUGAAAACGCUUGAAGCAAGGAAGAGUUAUGGAUUAUUAUAGGUUGGGGUUCAGUGUGGCUUGGGGAAUUGGGUUUAUUUUAAUGCAGGCAGAUCCCUUCUUCCACGUUUCGGAGUGUUUUCGGAGCCUGUGAGAACUGGCCUGGCCCCAGAAGGAUGCGGCUGCUGGACGACAGGCAGCGAACACCCGGCGGUGGCCUCACAUUGUCACACGGGGCUCAGUGGGGAGGGUGGCCAAGAGCUCCCAGCCUAGUCUGUCAUGGGAACAGAGAACACCGUUGACUUGCCAGUGCUCCAGAGGGGACGGGAAGACCCGAGAGAGCACCCAGCCAGGCACCUGCUCCUCUAGGCAAGUAGAGAGCCUGCUGUAGGCUGAGGAGCGGGUUCCUGCCCCAGGCUGUGGGAACCUCAUUUCCCACCGCGGGCAUAGGGCAUGGUGGGGACCAGCGGCCAUUGAUGGCACACAGGGACUUUCCUUGAAUUGUGCUCCUGCUUCCCUUUCCUCUGCAGUAAGGAGCCUCCUGGAGUAACGGGGCUCUGCGUUUCUCCCUGUCCACUCUCUGUGGGUUGGGAACCACAUACUGUGCACAGCAGGGCCGAAGAGGAAGGCGAGAUCAGAGGAGGGGCCUUGAAUGGUGAGAAAGUGAAGUCAGGCGAGUUCUUUGAGGGUGCCUUUCCAGGCAGCCUGCAGCUCAGUUUGCUCGUGGGGGCAGUCACUCGAGGCUCUCUCCUGCCUGUUAGGCUUUGCCUCUGGCCUGAGCUGCAGGCCACCAGGGCCAGCCCCCCUGAAUGCCUGAGCCCUCUCCUCGCCUGUCUGGUGGGGCUCUUCAGAGGGAUGCGUGCUGAGCUGGUGUCGGCUGCUGGCUGGUUCCAGCUCAGAGCUCCCUGUCCUGCGGCCCUCACAUUGGUCUUCCCGUCAGCACCCUUGCUCCCGGGACGGCCCAUGCCCAGGUGGCAAUAGAAGGUGCUGCGCAGGGCCUUGCUGUCCUCCCGUCGCGUCGUCAUCUUGCACGCUGAUUGGGCCUUGUGUGCGUGGUUCUUCCGAGGAGCUUGUUUGAAGGGGGCUGGCCUUCUGAGUUGAACUGUGUUGGGCAUCCUUGGCAGAGAUAGACCAGAGACAUCUGACGUGGUGUUACUUUGGCAGCGUCUCCCCUUCCCUUCCUUUGGAUGUAGGGGAGAAUUUAUGAUGAGUCAAGAAGUCCCCUAAGAUGCCUAGGAAUUGGGACCACAGUUCCUUCCUGCUUAUGUUUGUAUAUAGUAACUGUGGGGGUUGGAAGGGAUUUUGGGUUUUUACUGAAGUCCCGGGAAUGAUAUGAUGAUGAAAAUAGAUUUCUCCAUGUCCCUUAGCAUGAGGGGAAUGAUUUGUUGCAUAAAAGAUGUGUUUUGGCAUGCCUCCCUACGUAAUAUGUGUAAAUAUACAUUUUAGAAAUAAUGGGGUCUUAAAUGUAUCCAUUUAAUUUAAUUUAAAUUUUUGCUGAGGAAGAUUGACCCUGAGCUAACGUGUGUGCCAGUCUUCCUCUAUUUUGUAUGUGGGUCACCACCACAGUAUGGCUGGCAGUGAUAGAGGUUUACACCAGCAUCCGAAUCUGCGAACCUGGGCUGCCAAAGCGAAGCGCAAUGAACUUAUCCACAGGGCUGGCCCCACCAUUUAACUUUUUAUCUAAAAUACAUUGUGGCAGAACUGUAAAAUGGAAACUGCUGAUAGUUUGCUCCCGUCUCAUUGGAAAGUAGUUGAGAUCGGGAGGUAGCGGACAGGAGGCUUUCCUGUUCUUUGUCCUCUUGGGUGGGAAGCAAAUUUACCCCGACCCAAGGCCCGGGAAGGAGGUGGGGCCUGCGUGUUAAAGUUAAUUGUUGCCCGCACCUCAGCGAUAUCUUCUUCCUUACAAUUCGGCGUAAAAUGAUUGGUCCUAGUUUGAAUCUUUUGUGUGCCAGGGAUUUUAAAAUUGAGCUGGAUUUUUUGGGCAGGGCAUGUAAUUUCUGUUCUCGCCUUAUUGAGGUUUGAUUUGUUAGUUAUCCCCUUGAAUGUGGACAUUAGCCACCAAAGAGCAUUAAGGACGACGACUAUGUUGGUCAGUGUGUCAGGAUGCGGCCCACUAGAAAUAAACACCUCUGUGGGUUUUGUCCCUGUCCUGUCCUGCUGAGAUCUGAAUGUUUUGUCCCCCCCCCCGAAAUUUGUACGUUGAAAUCCUAAACCCUAAAGGUGCUGGCGUUGGGAGGUGGGCCCUCCUGAAUGGGAUGUUGGCUCUCAGAAAAGGGGCCCCAGAGCGCUCCCAGCCCCUUCUGCCCCGUGAGGACCCCUGGAGGAGUCUGCGCCCCGAGCUCCUCGGCCUUCCAGCCUCCAGAACUGGAGAAGUAAACGUGUUGUUUAUAAGCCGCCAAGGGGGCUGUGUUUUGUGACAGCGGCCCAAACUGCCUAGACAUGUCCCCACGGAGGGGGCAGUCCUCGGAAGGGUGCCAGCUCUCAGGUGAUGGCGGGAAGCAGUGCAGCCUGGAGCACCCCUUGUGCGCAGCUGGACACACGCUCUCUCGGCCGGCGGUAGCCGUGGUUUCAGUGCCAACGGCUGUGUGGAGAAUGGAAGUGUCCGAGGAGACAGCUUGCUUUUCUAAAAACUGAGGGCUUUUUAAAGUCAGUGUGUUGGGAUAUGUGUGAGUGCUUUUGUUUGUCAGACCAAAGACCUUCUGAAAUUUACAAUGCAGAAUUCUAAAGCACGCGAGAAACUUCCAGGCAGCCAAAGGGCUGUGUCUGCAGCAUGAAUUCACGUUCCCGGGCCCGGCGGCGGGACGGCGGGAGCUGGGCUGGUACACAAGAGUCUGUUUCCUAUUCUCAGUUUUCAGCGUUUGAGAGGAAACUUGUUAGAACGAUUUUCACUUACCUCCAGAAUCACUGAAAAUCAGCAGGUUCCCUUAUUUCGGUGCAGAGCAGAGCCGUUUGCUGGCCGCCGCCCUCUGCGGUCGGCCUGGCUCCGGUUCGGAAGCGUGUGGUCCAGGCGGUCCCCACCUGCGCGGGGGGAUGCGGGCGGAUGCACGUGGGCGCCCGUGGCGCCAGGAGCCGGGGUCCCCUGGCUGGGAACGGGGCCUGGGCCUCCGAUGAGGUGCCCGGCGGCGCUGUGGGCGGGGAGGUCAGCGCAGGGUCUUCUCGGUGACGUCUUGACUCCGGAAAUAACUAGAAAGUGGCCUGGUGCUGGCAGUCUUGCAGCUUCGAACCAGGAGCCGCUUUAACCCCGGUUUGACCAUGAGCAUCGCUUCCGAGUCCGAGCAGGAGAAGCAGAGCUGGGCGGGCGGGCUGGCCCGGUCCUCACCACGGGACCCGGCCUAGGCAGGGGCCUGGUGCCGGGGCUUCGGUGAUACCGAGUUCUUACAUUUGGAAACGCUGACCUGGGCCCAGCCUUGGUUUUGGACGGAAGCCUUUGUGAGCUGCGGGCGGGUGGCAGUAUGUCCUCCUUGCCUGGGACCGUCCUCGUCUGCCCUGUGACGCCCCGGCCCCUCGCUGAGGUCCCUGCCUCCCGCCAGAGCCUGGGGAUACGGGCCGAGAGGGCAAUGCUGCGCCCGGGGGCGGGCGAGGUGCCCACAAGACAGCGGAGACGCUGGAAGUAAGCCACGGGCCACACGUGGUUGAUCGUAGGUUUGAAUUACUCUCUUAAUCGUUUAAUUUUGGAUUUGAGCAUAGGAUGCAAACAAAGCAAUGAAAUUAUUGCUGUAACAGGUUCAAGUAAAUUCUAUUAUAGUUCAUCCCAUUUAUUCCUCUCGUUUAUUAUGAGCUACUAAUUAGUGAAGUGUUUCUUUCUCCACGUGCAUUAACACAACAUUGGAAUUCUUUUAAAGUUAUUUCUUGGAUGCUCUGUACCAGUUUGCUCUAAACAGCUUUACCGAGAUACAAUCUGCAUGCCAUACAGUUCACCGUUUUGAAGGAUGCAGUUCCGUCGUGUUUAGUAUAUUCAGUUAUGCAGCCGUCACCACUGUGGGAUUUUAGAGCAUUUCUAUUAUCUCAGACAGAAACCACGUGGCCACUAGCCCCCUCUCUCCACCAUCCUCACCCUCAGCCCCUGACAGCCACGCAUCUGCUUUCUGUCCCCGUGGAUUUGCCUCUUCCGGGUGUUUCAUGUAAAUGGCAUCAGACAAGAUGGCGACUUUGGUGAUGGCUCCUUUGACUUACUGCGAUGUGUCCCCGGUUCCUCUGUGUGGCAGCGAGUCCGUGUUCCCUUCUUUUUCUGCACGGAUGGAGCACAUUUGGUUCCUCCGUCCAUCAGUCGAUGGACAGGUGGGUGGAUUCCACUUCGUGGCUCUUGUGGACCGCGCUGCUGUGAACAUUCGUGCACAAGUUGUUGUGUGGAUGUAGGUUCUCAUGUCUCUUGAACGCACGUGUGUGAUGGUUGAAGUAGUGAAGUUUUUAAUUUUGAGCAAGUCUCAUUUUCUACUUUUUUUAAUUACUUCGAUGUCACAUCUAAGAAACCAGUGCCUACCUCAAAGUCAUGAAGACUUAUUCUGUUUUCUUCUUAGAAUUUAUAGUUUAAAAGCUCUUACACUUAGGCGUAUGGCCCAUUUUUAGUUAAUUUUUUUAUGUGUGGGAGGUCGGGUUUAUCCAGAUUUUGAACUCAAAUAUAUACCGACGUAUACUUCGUAGGAAUAUGUUCAAAUUUCUUGUGUUUUCUGUCUUGUUUUCUACCAGUAUCGAUUGAUAGCUUUCCUUUCUUAGGUGUGUGCUAUUGAAAUUGGUCCUAAUCUCUUUUAUGUUGUGGUUCCUUUUCUGGAUACAGUAUCCCCUAGAAUACCGUACCAGAACUUGCCCCCAUAGACUCCCAUGUGUGGUGUAAAACCUUCUAUGCUUGUUAUGUUUAAUUGUGGAAUAUUAUAAUUUCAUGGACAAAAUAAUGUAUUUUGCCUCACAAAUCACUUAAAAUAAUAUUCCAGAGAAGUAUAAUGGAAGUACUUACCUUUUUCCUUAGAAAGUUCUCUGGUAAUCUGGGACGGGCAAACAGCCUGGUGAUCCCAGAGGAGGAGCCCUCCCCCAGGGCUUGUUUCCUGCCAGUGGUCCCUGGCUUUGUCCAGGUGGUUCUGUCCCCAGAGAGGAGGAAGCCCCGUGGGCUGCCGAGGGCGGCAGUGAUGCGGGGUGUCCCUCGGCCGGGCUGGCCCCUGGUUCACAUGCACGUGUGUGAGAGCUGGCCCUGAGGAGAGGUGAAGCGAUCCUCAGACUUCUUUGAGAAAGAGAGGGUGGGAACGGCUUGAACAGUAAAGAUGCCACAAUUAAGUGUCUGGUUAUUUGCCAAAUUGGUUUCAGCAAAACGUAUCCUGGAAAGUUUUCCUAAGAGAAACAACAGUCAUGGUGAAAACUCUUUACCUUGUCAGGGAGCUACUUUUACAACAGGAACAAAUAGUAAAAAGUUGUUUUUCAGUGUUUUCUGCCCUUCCCCUUUUGUGUUUUCCUGUAAGCAGCGGUGGUGGAGGCAGCUCUGUCCCUUGUGUGACAGCCGCGGGCUGGAGCUGGCGCGCGGCCGGGAGGCGCUCGCUCCCGUGACCCUGUUCUUGGUGUCUCCUCGCAGUCGCUGCGCCAGUUGGGGAGCUGAGGGUUGGUUUGUAAGUGAUCUUGGGCUUCCUAAGACAGCGUCUUUCCUCAUCCUUGAAUCAAACAUAAGGAUUUGUACAUAUAAUCACAGGGCCUAGGCGAGUUGAUUUCCUGUUUCUUCCUGGCGUUACAAAGUUUUUCCACCUGUCUACAUAAUGCACAUAUUGGUUCUUUUUAGAGGCAAUUCGGUACUCUGCUAUAUUGCAAUAUUAUUACGUAUUCCGUCCUCUUGGUACUUAGGAUUAUUUUAUGGGUUGCAUAUUUUCCUACUACAGAGAGCAUCUUUGCACACAGUUUUUGUGUGAGAUGACCUGGUCAAAGUUUGGUAGAUAUUUUAGGCUGUUCUUUAGCAAUGUUUCUGUCGAUGUGUAGCGCUGCUAGUUAGGUAUGAAUAACUAGUUUUUCAUAGCCUUCCAGCACUGUAUCGUUUUCAUCACUAUAUUAUGCAGAUUUUAAGGCAUCUAUCAUGAUAAAGCUUUUCUCUUUUUCAUGAAAGAGUCUAAAUUUGAUGCCUGUUGAUUCAUUUUAGUUAGUUUAAAAACUGGUGCCCUCAGAAAUGGAUUUCUUGGUGUCAGGAGCAGUGGCUUCGUUCACAGACCCAGGGAGUGUGCGCUCUGUGUCAGAGCAGGCAAGCUCAGGCCCCCCCCGCCCCCGCCCCCGGGACUUGCCUUAGCCUGUGAGGUGGGCGCUUUCUGAGUUGCUUUCACCUUGCUGUGGUGAGGUCAGCCGUCACUAUAUAAAAUCAGUAGACUGCAUUCUAGAAAAGGCAGAGAGAGAGGGGACAACCUGUGCCAGAGCUGCUCUUUGGGGCACCUGCUGUCCAUCUUCUGGGUGCUUUGAAAACCCCUCUUGUGACCCUGUGUAGAACGCAGUCUUCUCUUCUUUCACUAGCGACACUGUACCGUAUCGUUUCCCCCUUGUUGUUAAGUAACACGCAUCCAGUGGCUGUGCUGUGGUGGCCGUUUUUUAACCGUCAUUCUCCUGUUACUGAGCAUUUGUAAUUUUGCCGUGAGCACAUUUUGGGGUCGGGGGCAGCCCGGGUUUAUCUCCUGAGGCUGGGUCCCGAGACCUGAAACGUCCGGCUUAAAGGGGUGGGCGUCCAGUGAUUGCCCAGCCUUCGUGCUCAUGGGGCUGCCCUUCCACUGCAGGGAAGACGCUCCUCCGAGAUGGCAGGUGCCCCUCCCGCACUGGCAGACCUGACCCGCAGUCUGGAAGCCGUGCGUCACUCUCCCCAGUCCUCACAUGGAGCCAGAGCUGCUUUUAUACAGCAGCCCCUUUAACAAGAGAUUUGGAAUUCUGUGCACAUCGUGAUUCCAACUCCGCGGACAUGCGAGUUCGUAAGAGCGCACAUGGAAAGAGCGCAGGCCAAAAGGAAAAGUCACUGUGGGGUAGGAUUGCAGGUUGUUUCUCCUUUUGUUUUUGUAGUUUUCUGUAAUGUUCUCUUAUUUUCUUUAUGAUUGAAGAAAGAGGGCGUGUUUGUAACUGAGUUGAACGAAUGGGUGAGACAGACCAGGCCUCGUGGGAAGAUCUUCGUCAGCACGGCGCUGCGUCCCUGUUAACGCGUGUCGAGGAAGGAUCGCCUUGUUGGUUAGGUCGCGGCCGCUGGAAGGGGAGAGAACGGGGCCCGCACCGGCGCCCGUCGGGGUCUGGAGGCCUCGGGUUCACUCUGCGCCCGGAGGGUGGGGGCGCAGGGCAGCGCCGCCCUGUCUGUGGAGCUGCUGGGCAGACCCUGAGGGGCACCCAGGGAGGCCUGUGUGGGCGGGGCUGGGCUGUCCCGUGAGGGCUUCCAACAGGCGAAUCGAGUUACUCCUGUUGAAAGUUCCCCUGACCUUUGGACAGUCUGACUUGAAAAUCACUUUUUUUCCUUUUAUGAGAAAGGCUGUUGCAGCUCACAGACCGUUCGCUAGCUUCUUGGUCAUUCUGUUCUGUCAGUCAGGGCUGCUUGUAACCCACACUUUACACUUUUGAAAAGUGUCACUUCAAGGUUUAUGAAUUGAUCCUGGUAUCUUAAAUUUUACAACUGUGUAGACAUGGAUGGUAUUUGAUUCGGGUUGGCCUCUAGAGCUUUGCUGUCCACUAUAGUAGCCGCUAGCUACUUAUGGCUAUUUAAGUUGAAACAGAGUAAAAUGAACGCUUCAGUUCUGUGGUCACACUAGCCACAUUUCAGGUGCUCAGUAGCCACGUAUCCUGGCAGCUACCAUCUUGGUCAGUACAGAUAAAGGAAGUUCUCUUGAAAUGUGCUGUCCUGGAGGACAAGGCUCCCUCUUCUUUUCACGGUAACAUGCAGAAACAGUGGUCCGAGGAGCUUAAAUAGCGUAUGUCUUAAAACUUGUUCUAAGCAAGUUUGUUGACUGCAAAAGACCCCGAGUGGGCGUAAGAGCGCCUCCACCCACAGUCCGCGAGCCAGGACCCUGCAGGUGCGCUGCCGCACAGAGACGCAGAGCCGAGGCGCAGGGACUGCCCCCCUUACCUGAACCCCUCUUGACCGUUGCCAAGCUGACUUGAACUAGGAUGCGGUCAUAUACACACCAGAUGCUCAUGGCUUGGGGGGACGCUGGCGCGCUUUGGUGUCGCGUAGCGUCGAGCAGGUAGGUCGUUCUCUCUCCCCUGAAAAGAACCUGGCUGGACCAACAACGGGAGAUGCAGGUUUGGCGCCUUCCUGACCUGCUGU